UAUUCUUCACUCGAAAAUAAAAAAGUCUCUCUAGUAACCCAAGAAUCAUCAUAGCUUCUCUCUCUCUCUCUCUCUCUCUCUCUCUCUCUCUCUCUCUCUCUCUCUCUCUCUCCUGUAUAUAUCAGUAAGAGUCGGUUAACGAUCAUGAUUCCGGCGGAAUUCACCGGACUGUUACAAUAUGUAUCACCGGAAAAUGCGAUAGCAUUCCCGGCGGCGGAGUUCAACGUGAUCCAAACCAUCAUGCGGCCCUCACCAUCAUCAUCAUCUUCUAAUCUCAUGGUCAACGCCUCAUCCAACGGUCAAGAACUCGUGCCUUGGAGCCUAAGCAACAACUCAACAUCCGACGAAGAUCACCAGCAGAGCAUCAUCAUCGACGAGAGGAAACAAAGGAGGAUGAUCUCGAACAGGGAAUCUGCCCGAAGAUCGAGGAUGAGAAAGCAGAAACAUCUCGAUGAGCUUUGGUCUCAAGUGAUAGGGCUUCGCGACCAGAACCGCUGCCUCAUCGAUAAGCUGAUCCGCGUAUCAGAUAGCCACGACCGCGUCUUGAAAGAGAACUCGAGGCUCAAGGAGGAAGCCUCCGAUCUCCGACAACUUAUCACUGAAAUGCGAACCGACAAUAACGACAGCACGUGUCUCAGUUUUUUCAGAGAGCUCGAAGAUUUUGACCCUUCAAUCAAACUUUCGAUUUAGAGAGAGAGGGAGAUGGAUUUUGGUUGUCUUCUUAUCCGUUCCAAAGGUCGAUCGAUCUUUUAUGUAUUGCUUGUAUGAUGUUGAUAUAUUACACAGAUAUAUUAUAUAUAUAUAUAUAGUUCAUUAA